AUGAAUCAAUUUAAAUUUAUUACUAAAAAGAAUCCACAUAAAAACGCUAAGGGGAUGAUGAGACUUUAUUUAGAAGAGACAGUUAGAGAGUAUGCAGAGAAAAAAUAUGGAGAUCUAGAUAAAAUAGAGGAAUUAAAAGAAGAAAGAAGUGAGAAACGAAUGGCAACAAAACUUGCUAAAUUAAAGAAAAGGGUUAAAUCAAUGAAAAAAAGAACUUUUGUAAACGAGGAAAAAAUAUUUCAUACACAUGAUUUUAAAAUUAAUGGAAAAUACGGUAAAUGUGAAUGCGGAUUGGAAAUCGAAAUGGAUUUUAUUGAAUAA